AUGGCCAUUCCUACUACCGCCCCGACCACCCCCAAGUCGACGACUGCCGACUGCUCGACGCCGUCGACGAAAUUUCUGCGUCGCCGUCACUCCAUGGGAACGUACUUCCCGGAGACGGCGGAUCUGAUGAAGAUGGCCCCGAUGGAUGGCACUGUUCAACAGAAACUUCGCCGUGCCCAGCAUCGACGCAGUCUCACCGUCGUCGAGUUGGCGCCGCUGCUCGUUGCGCAGCGAUAUGCGCUGGCAAAGAAGGCGCCUCGUCGCAGUCUUCGUGAACUUGCUGCUGCUAUUGUUGAUGGUGUUGAUGGGGAUAUGGAUCUACAGAAGACCCCUUCCCCAGUCAUCUCUAAAGUUUCUAAUGGAGGAGCCGUCGAAAAGAAAACCCGCCGCUCUGCCCGCCUUGCAAAGCCCGUCCCUUCCACGACGGCCCCUCUCCCGCCAUCCACCCCAAUCACUCGUCGAAGCCCCAUGCUC